CGCCCCCUUGAGUUAAAAGGUCAAGAAGAGUCUUCGAGUAAAACGAACUCAGAUAACACGACAUGGAGUGAACCACCUUUUGUACUUGUUUUGGAAUGGAAAUAAUGGCUGCAGUGAAUGAAUGUUUUAGUUUAGGAAGCACUGUUGCAUGUAAAACGUGCUUUAAACAGGAGAUUGAAGGAGAAGUACUUGCAUUUGACCCUCAAACUAAAAUGCUUAUAUUGAAACGCCCAGCUUCUAACAAUCGAUCAUCUCUGAAUGACGUUCAUAUUAUUAAUUUAGCUCUUGUAAGUGAAGUUCAAGUUACAAAAGAAGUCAACAAUCUACCUCAAGUUCCUUUGUCAUUGAAUUUGCAGAAGUUGAACAUACGGGUGCGCAAUCAGAUUGAAGAAAAGCGACGGCUUGUGAAAGCUUUAGCAGCAGGAGUUUCUCCAGACGGCCAGAAAUUGUUUCUAGCAAUCUCUAAAACGAUAACUGACAUUGCCUGGCAGGGAUCCAACAUAGCUGUUUGGAACUCUGUCAUCAUAACUCCACCGUACAAACUGGACAACGUGAAAGGAACACCAGAAAAAGCUGUGUCACACAUUAAAAAAGUGGUUGAAAAGUACUUGAAAGAUCAAGCAAUGUCUGAAUCAACACCUACAGUUGGUUUAUUACCAGAAGCCAGCCCUGUGCAGCUUUAAUAUUCCAUAAAUAUAUCACUGGUGUUGUUCAUAGAAAACAAUUUUUUUAUCUGUUCUUUUAAGUUAUAGAAAUUUACGUAUCAUUGUGUGCUUCUCAUUUCUAAAGAAAUGAAUCUUUGUAAAAACUGUGUAAACAUGCAUCGUACAAUAAACCAUUUGUUGUUUAUUGUCACUAAUUACAGUGUUCUUGUUUCUAAAGAAAGUUAAGAGUUUGGCUGUAAUAUAUUAUGAAGUCUAUAUUGUAUAGUGCACAAAGAUUAAUGAAAAUAUUGUUAUAAUUUUUAUUGUGUACAGAAUGUUGCUCUAACCAUUGCAUUUGCAAUAGAAAUGAUACAUAGUUAUGAGUUUUCGACAUGUUUAAAUUUAAUUCAUAAAUUUAAGAAUUUUUUUCUUGGUUUAUGUAAUGUACCUAUAUAGAUAGAAUUCAUGCCACAGCAUGCAUGUAAUUUUGGUGUUUUCCUCUGCUGUGUCGAAAUCACUGUGUGUAAACUUACUGAUUAUCAAGGAAAAGUUAUUGCAAGACAUGAAGAACCAGGUAUACCCUAGUAAAAAUGUUCUAGAAAAUUGUGAAAACCUUUAAAAUCAUAUGUAAAAACAAAACUUCUAGAGAAAUGUGUGGGAAUACCCAAACAAUUCAGACCUCCAUUUCAGAAUGACUUUGGUUCAUAAAAUAUAUUUUUUUACGUAUAA